AUGGAAACAUUUAUUUGUCCAAGUGAUAGACAAUUAGCAUUACGUGCAAGACUUGGAACAGGUUGGUCUUCUAGAGCUCAAUCAGCACAACGCCGUCGAGCUCAACCAUUAACAACAGAUGAAGAAGAACAAAUCCUACGUGUUCUCCGACGAAAUGAAUUAUUAGCUGAAAAUGAAAAAGCUAGAGUUGAAGCAAUGCUCCAGAAGCUUGAUCGUCUAAAACAAACAGCUGAUUCUAGAAAAAACGAAGAAUGUGCAUUAUGUCAUAAAGAAUUUGGUCAUUUAAGUAAUUUACCAAUAGUUUGUGUAGAAUGUGGUCGUUAUGUAUGUACAACAUGUUGUGUAGAGUUAGUUAUUCCACCAUUAUAUCGACAGCCAAUCACAAAGCGUAAUUCACUGCUUAAUUUUCAAUGGAUGUCAAAUACAUAUGGAAGUGGAAGUUUAAUAAAUACAUCAAAACAUCAAACAUAUUUUACAAUGGAUCAAACUCGACAAAAUGGAAAUACAACUUUAAAUAAUUCAAAUAGUUUAAAAAGAUUAACAACUGAUACAAAUAAACCACGAUUUUUAAAUCGUCGAAGUAGUUUAAUGGGUACAUUGAACUCAGCUGCAUUGCAUAGUCAACAAUUAUUUGAAAAGGUUAAAGUUAAAGCAAAUUCACGUCAAGGAGAUAAUCAUUCAUUUGUUUGUAAAAUAUGUUAUGAAGCAAGAGAAAUUUGGAAACGUUCUGGUGCAUGGUUUUAUAAAAGUCUUCCACGUAGUCGAAUGACAAGUUGUCCAUCUAGUCCAUCAUCAACACCCGCUAAUAAUAAUUGUCAAAUAUUUAAUGAUAUAACAGAUCUUGUAAAACCAAUACAAAUGAAUACAAAUUACGAAAGUCAUAUUGAACAUACUGAUAAUGAAACAGAACAAUGGAUACAAUUAAAACCAAACCGGCGACCUUCUAAACCUGAAGGAUCAGAAGCUGAUAGCUCAUCUUUACCGAGUACAAUUAAAGAUACACCACAAAAUGAAGUUACGUCAAGUACGAAAACACGUGGAAUAUCUAAGGGAUUUCCGAAAUCUCCAGAACAUUCUUCAUAUACUCCAACGGAUCAAAGUACUGUUGAUGUACCCAAAUCAAGCUCACCAACAUAUACAAAUGUUCCUGCAACAACAAAUAGUCAAGAUAUAACUCAUAUCUCACCGGCUUCAUGUCUUUUAUCCGACUCAAUAAAUACUAGUUCAUUAUGGAGACCACAGUCACCUGUUUCAGCACAAUCAUUUCAUCCGUCAUUUGUAUCUAAUAAAAGUGUUAAUCAUUCGACAGCCUCAGCAUUAGCUUCUUCAUUCACUAAUGCCAAUUCUACACAGAAGGUUGUAAGUUUAACAGGUGAAAAAGAACCAUCCAAUCUUCUUUCAUCAUCAUCGGGUGCCACGUCUGUAGUACGACGUCCAACCGUAUCUUCAAAUGAAGAAGCUCCAUUUGGUGUGCUCUACUUCACAUUAUAUCAUGACACAUUGAAUAAACAACUUCAUGUAGCUAUUCACAAAGCUAAAAAUUUAAUUGCAAUGGAUGCAAAUGGUUUAUCUGAUCCAUAUGUUGUAUGUCAAUUAUUACCAACAAGUCAUAAUAGUACAACACCACGUACAUCAACACGACCACAAUGUUUAAAUCCAGUUUGGAAUGAAGCAUUAACUUUUGAACCAUUUGAUGGAAAAAAUAUUCAAUUAAAAACAUUAAGAUUAGCUGUACUUGAUGAAGAUUUAUAUGGUUCUGACUGGCUUGGAGAAUAUCGAUUACAAUUAUCUCAACUAAUUCCUAAUCGUUUAACCGAUUUUACUGUUCCACUUGGUCCACAUAAACCGAUACAACGUGGUGAAUUUGAUUUAGCAUGCCCAACACGUGGUAAAAUACAACUAGGUCUUGGCUAUUUAGAAGAUCGUAAACAAUUAUAUGUUGAAGUAAUUCGUUGCGCUAAUCUAGCUCCAAUGGAUCUUAAUGGAUUCUCUGAUCCUUUUGUCAAAUUAUACCUUCGACCAGAUAAAACUAAGAAAACAAAACAGAAAACUCAAGUCAAAAAAGCUACUCUAUUCCCAGAAUUUCAUGAAACAUUUUUCUAUGAUUUAAAUGCUUCUGAAGCUGGUAGUCGAACACUUGAAAUAACAGUAUGGGAUUUUGAUCAUGGUCCAAGUAAUGAUUUUAUUGGUGGUUUAACAUUAGGUGCUGGUGCUAAAGCUGAAAGACGUGAAUUAUGGUUAGCUGUAUUUCGACCACCAUAUCGUCGUAUUGAAGCAUGGUUUCAAUUAUCGAAUAGAACUGAAAAUGGUAAUCAAUUUACAACACCAGGUGUUUGUGAUUAAAUUUUAUUUCCUUAUCAUAGUAUUUAUUAUUUUUAUUUAUUUCAUUUUAAAAAAAAUUUGCCUCUUUUUUUUUCCUUUAUUGUUAUUAGUUUACACUUUAAUUCUGUGUAAAUGAUGUGUAAUUUAAAUAAAUAAACAUUUCUAUUAUUAUUAUGAUUAUUAUUGAAGCAAAUUAUGAACAAUGAAUUAACACUUUGGAUUUGAAAUCGUUUUUGUUUUUGUUUGUCUUUCAUUUUGAAAAAAAUUUUCAUUCAUUUUAUUUUAUGUUUAUUGUAUAAAUAAAUAAAACAAAAUAAAUAAAUAAAUAAAAUCAUAUUGAUCAAUCUAUUUAACAUGUAUGUUUAUUGUGUUGGUGUAAGUUUCUUAUGUGUAAAUUUUAAAAAAUAUUUUCUUUAUGUUUACAUAUUUGUGUUUGUGUAUGUACGUGUGUGUGUAUCUGUGUAUGUGGAGGGGGAGGGUGAUCAGUUAUCUCGAAUUCAAUAAUUCAAAUGUCAUAUGUUCAAUAAUUGUCUAUCACAUAUUGUACACUUGAUCAUAACCUAUUAAUUCUGUUAUACUUCUCUUAUUGUUUCUGCUGUUGUUGUUGUUGUUGUUGUUCUUGUUAUUUGCUGGGGUUUUUUUUCAAAUGAAUAAUUAUUACACUUGCUUCUUCGGUUUUGUUUUAAAUGAAUCAUUUUUCACCUUUAAAAAUAAUCAUCACUGUUUAUUGUUUUAAUAACAUACAAUAUAUUAUACUGACAUAAAUAAAGUGAUAUACAAACUAUAUCAAUAUUUCUUCUUUAUUCUUCAUUGAUUUGUUUUUGUUUAUUUUUUAAAAUAAUAUUUGUUUAUUUAUUGUUGUUUAUUUGUUCAAAAUGAGAAAUGUAUUAACAACAAUUAAGAUGAAUAAAUUGGUUCAUUUAAAUAAUUAAUACCUUUACAUCCUUCUAAUGUUUUUUCUAAAAAAAAAAAGAAGAAAAUUUAUUUUUUCCAUAUUUAUUUA